CCACCAGCAUUCAUCCACUCGCGGAAAAUAUGCCGUUCUCCCUAGGGUGCAGUCGUUGGACCAACGGCAGAACAUGAGUCCGCCAACCCUUCCGCCUCCCGUAUUAGCAUAAUGUGUCGGCGACGGCGCGGGUGGCGCUGGGGCCGCGACUGGGGACGACAACACACGAUCAAUCACGGAGAAACAGGGGCCGCCGUGCCCUGUCACCGGCAGGUCAAAACAGGCGGCCACUGUCGGCUCCCACUACAGUCACUGUCGGGCCGCGACCGAUCUCAGAGCGGCGGACGGCGCACGGUGGACGGUGGACGGCAGAAGUGAACGGCAGACGGUGGACGGUUGACGGUGGACGGUCGGUGGACGGUGGAAGACGGACGGCAAACGGCAGAAGACGAGAGAGGACGGAGAAGGGCACUGAGGAUCGCACCGGACAGUAUCAAGACAGGCAAGAGUUGACACUUUAAUAAACUAUUUCGGACAGAUUCCGCACAGCUCUCCGUUAAUUGCUUGAAGAAGUCCGACUCAGCUGACGGGUUUUUCUGCGCUAGUCUGCUGGGGAAAAACAAAAAGUCGAAAACUGAGGCCAUCUGCAUUGAGUUCUUUUAUCGUCAUCGGAGCCUUCCUUCAUCAUGCGUUUAUCAGUAUGCAUCUACCUCGCCUUGAGCACCGCCAUUGUCUCAGCAUCCCCGGAGCCGAGGUGCUGCGGCUCCAGCCCGUUCCCAGCGUCUCAGGAGCGCCAGCUUCGUCUACCGGACGGGUUCGCGAUGGCGCUGGAGCCCAAGAUCCUGUUCAACCUGUGGAACUCGGACGAGUCGGGCCGGAUGCGCCUUCAGUCGCGGCUCGAGUUCCAGUACACGCCUCCGGCGGGGGCCACGGGUAGACAGGCGCGCCAGCUGAUGGAGAGGUCAUCUGUGUUCUCGUCUAUCCGCGCCGCGUUCGCCCAGUUUGGCCUGGACGGCACCGCCUGCCUGCAGAGGGCCGUCUGUGAGACGGCGGCCGCCCCGCGCCACUCUGACGGCCUGCUCGGUGACCUGGUCACUCUGACCCUGUCGCCGUCCCGUGAGCCCGUCACCUCCGGCGCCUCGGCCGUCCAGCUGGCCCCCCUACUGGAGGCCGAGAGGAGGGGCUGGGAGGCAGGCACCGCCGGUUGUGUGCCGUACAUCGAGCGGUGCCCCGUCUCCAUGUUCAACAUGAAGAGCGGAGCGCAGGACUUGGCUAGGGCGCUGCUGGAUUUUGUGAAUACUCGACCCCCGACGGAGGUGUGAGUGCUCGUAUCGUUCUGCUGUUACGUUUUUAUACGUGGUCACUGGGCGUUUUCUUCUUCUUCUUUUUUGCAAAUGAAAGAGAAUCUGUUUCCCGUGUCAGCAUAAUGCAGCUAUUCACAUUUCCUUUUUGGUUUUGUUAUGUUUGUGUUAAAACAACCAAUCAACUCGUACAUUUAUUAACUAGCUGGUGUAGGACUAAUCAAUAUUUUCUUAGAAAGUGGCGAUCACGGGUAUUUCUUCAGGGAUUGCAUGUAAUGUGUAUUGUGUAAGACUGUCUGAACAAUGGAAGGUAUGUCUGGCGAGGGUUCAUCCGACUUUUUUCAGCGAGUUGCGACUAGAAUGUUAGCAAGACUUGAUUUACUAAACGAGGUUGCAUGAAACAAACAGAUAUUGAAAUAAAUAAAUAUGAUUGCAUGGUCAGAGUUUACUUUUCUUUGGACCGAAG